AUGUUUAGAAGAGGGUUCACCUUCGCGCUUCGGCUGCGGUGUGGGCAACUCGUCCGGGGCCCCAGUGCCACCCUGGGGGCCCUGGCGGGCAGCUCCUUCUCAAAUGGGGAAACUGAGGCCCAAGGAGGCAAGUUGCUGGCAGAGCAGAAGUGCUUGGCUCUGCGGAGCCGAGCUGAGACCUGCCCCAGGCCUGGCACGUGCACACAGGUGCAGCCACCCCCACGGGGCACCCUCCAAAUCCUUCGUGGCGAUGGCACUUCUGUGGGGACUGUCAUCGUGUUCCACUGCCCCUCCGGCCACCAGAUGGUUGGGUCCGGCCUCCUCACCUGUGCUUGGAAGGGGAGCAUCGCCGAGUGGUCUUCAGUGAGCCCCGUGUGCAAGUCCGUGCCCCCGUACGAGACCUUCGGCUUCAAGGUGGCCGUGAUCGCCUCCAUCGUCAGCUCCGCCAUCAUCCUGCUCAUGUCCGUGGCCUUCCUUACCUGCUGUCUCAUGAGGUGCAUGAAGAGGAGUGAGCGGCCGUCCGACAGGGCAGCCCAGCUGUGGCCCAGGCUGAGAGCCGGGGACUUGGAGACGGUGCAGGCCUCCUACCUCGGCCUCAAGGGCCCGAACGGCAGUGGCGGCAGGGACCUUGGGGGCCGCCCUGGCCAGGCGCACGACAACUACAGCUUUACCACAGACCUGGGUGAAGGCACCAGAGAAAUGGCCGGCAUGGCCCGCGGCGUGGACAAGGACCCCUGGACCGCCCGCCCCGCCGGCUCCCCCCGGGCCCAGGCGAUGGUGCACACGGCGGAGCCGGGGCACUCCCUGCCUGCCUCCUGGCCCACUGCAGGAAUGUGCAGGCAGCACGCGGCCUACGUCCCGGGGUGACAGAGGCAGAGGCCAGAGCCUGCCCUCUCCGCCGGGAAGGCCAGGCCACCCCACCACGCCGCCACCUGCAUCUCCGCCCGCGCCUGGCUUGAGUGGUCAGUGAAAUCAGCUCCCGGGGCAGGGAUUCCUCAGGGCGCUGAGCUAGGGACACCACUGAGGUGUCGUGUCCCGCGGGCGCCCGGCUCCCUUGGAACCGGCAUGGGCGCUUCUGGAACCAGGUGCAGCCCCGCCUCGCUGGCUCCUUUAAAGGCGCUGGAGGACGUUGUAAGCAAAUCUCCUUUGUAGCAGAGCAGGAAGCCGGGCAGCUGACCUCUCGGUUCUGCUGCACCCUCCUUGCAGGCCCGGCCGGCUGGUGAGCAGGGACCCGGCUGGGCCGCUGCCUCUGGGGUGAGGGGUGUGAAAUAAACAGUUCUAAUGCUGGAAAAACAAA